CAGCAAACCUCAACAACAGCUCAGUGAGUUACUGAGGAGUUUAACCGGUAAUUAUUCAGGGUUCAUCCGUCAUUUAGACGGGGUGUUAAUCGAUGGAGAUCGUGCUCGGUUAUCCGCGGCUCCGUAGUGAGUUCGGCCGGCAGCCCCUGCUCUCGGACCGCCCCGCGGACCUGCUGCUGGAUUUGCCUCCGGACCCGAGCCUAGCCCCGCACUUCCUGCUGAAGACUCCCCGGGACCAGGGCCUGCAGGCCGGCAGAGACAUGUCCGAGCACCAGGUGAACACGGAGCGUUUUGACUCCGACAGUUUUGGGAUAAACCAUGUGGAGGGGGGCUGGCCCAAAGAUGUGAACCCCCAGGAGAUGGAACAGACCAUUCGCUUCAGGAAGAAGGUGGAGAAGGACGAGAGCUACGUCAACAGUGUCCUGCAGUUGGGGGGGGUGAUGGAGCACUGCAUCCGACAGAAUAACGCUGUAGACCUGUAUCAGGAGUACUUUGAGGAUGAGGACGAGGUGGAGGAGAACCAGGAGCCGCCGUCAGCCAAGACCAUCAACGUGUUCAGGGACCCUAACAACAUGAAGCGCACUGUCUCCUCGCUCUCCUGGCAGCCUGAUGGAGGACAGAAACUAGCUGCUGCUUACUGCUGUCUCACCUACCAGAGGACUGGAGACCUGGACCUGCACUCAUACAUCUGGGACAUAGAGAAUCCCAACAGACCAGAUUUGUCCCUGAAGGCAUCAUCCCCCCUCAUCUGUCUGGAGUACAACCCUAAAGACCCUCACACUCUGGUAGGGGGGGGGUACAACGGGCAGAUAGGUUUCUGGGACUCCCGUAGAGGCAGCCAGCCAGUGGACGUCUCCUCUGUGGAGCAGAGUCACAGAGACCCGGUCUAUAAGACCAUCUGGUUACAGACCAAGACCGGGACAGACCUGUUUUCCACCUCUACUGACGGACAGGUCCUCUGGUGGGACGUCCGCCGUCUCUCUGAACCCACAGACCGUCUGAUUUUGGACCCGGGGAGGGGGGGGAACCUGGACAGAGCACUGGGGGGGGUCAGCCUGGAGUUUGAGCCCACCAUGCCCACUAAGUUCCUGGUCGGGACGGAGCAGGGGGGGGUGCUGUCCUGCAACAGGAAGGCAAAGACGUCCUCGGAGAAACUGGUCUGUUGCUAUGAGGGACAUCUGGGCCCUGUCUAUGCCCUGCAGAGGAACCCCUUCUUCCCCAAGAACUUCCUGUCUGUGGGGGACUGGACAGCCAGGGUCUGGACCGAGGACAUCCGGGAGUCCUGCAUCCUGUGGACUAGGUAUCAGACGUCCUACCUGACGGACGGCUGCUGGAGUCCUGUCCGUCCCUCUGUCUUCUUCACGGUGAAUAUGGACGGCAUGUUGGACGUUUGGGACAUCCUGUUCAAACAGAACGAUCCCACACUGAGUCUCAAGGUAUGUGAUGAGGCUCUGUACAGUCUGCGUCUCCAGGACAACGGGCGGUUGUUGGCGUGUGGCAGUGAAGGGGGCGGAGCCUCUCUGCUGGAGCUGAGCAGCGGCCUGAGAACCAAUCAGAGCAACGAGAAGAACCUGCUGGCUGCUAUGCUGGAGCGGGAGACCAAGAGGGAGCGGGUUCUGGAGGCCCGGCAGAAGGAGGUCCGUCUGAAGGAGAAGAGCCGGUCUGAGGAGGAGGUGGGGGGCGUUCUGGAGGCCCGGCAGAGGGAGGUCCGACUGAAGGAGAAAUGCCGGUCUGAGGAGGAGGGGGGGGGGUUGGGGGGGGCAGGACGGAGAGGAGAAUACUCAACAGCUGAUCAGCCAGGCAGAAACACAUUUCUACUGCCUCACCCAGAGGGGGGGGGUGAGACACACUCACUCACACAGUCUGAUUCAGAAUAACCCUCAGAGAAAAUGAAACUUCAAAUUACUUUGUUUUAUUUCAGGAAAAAGAAGUGUUUGAGGAGAAGGGAGUGAAGGAGGAGAAGAAGGACUGAAGACAUAUUUAUAACAUAUGUUCUAUAAAAACUACGUUUAUGUUCAAUGAAUAAAGAUUGAGGA